AUGGCGUCCAUCAAAUUAAUGACCAAAAAGAGGCUUCUGGACGAAAUGGUGCGCCAGGUCGGCGGGCCUGGAAACUACAUUGCAAUGGUUGUCGACAGCCAGACUCUCAACGUUCUAUCUUCAUGUUGCAGCGUCUAUGAUGUGCUUUACGACGGAGUAACUGUUGUUGAGCUUAUCUCGAAACAGCGGCAGCCACUGCCUGAGCUAAAUGCUCUGUACUUUCUUUCCCCCUGCGAAGAUUCCGUUCGAGCCCUCAUUACUGACUUCAAGGAUGAACGCAAACCCCAGCAUCGAUCGGCCUACGUCUACUUCAGCUCCCCUAUACCGUACGAGCAACGGGUGUUUCAUUUGGGAAUGCCGGACGCUUUGCUGCAACUGUUUCCCCUUCCUGCUCCGUCCUUGCUACAGAAGAUAGCAGAAGAUCUCAUCUCAGUUUGCAUGACUCUCGGCAGGAGACCGGCUAUCCGCUUUCAGAAGAAUCAGCUGCCGUGGUGCGAACAGGUCGCUCUGCUCGUCCACAGAGGGCUGCAGGAACAUGAGCCAGCGUCGUCUGACAGCCAGGGUGGAACCCUUCUUAUUUUGGAUCGGUCUGUGGACCUGGCGCCUCUCUUCAUUCACGAGUACACAUAUCAGGCAUUGGCAUACGACGUAUUGGAAAUUCCCGUCUGCUGCCCUCCCCAAACAAAGACGAAAAACUCGGAGGUGUCUCAACCGAUGGAAGAUGUGUACAAUUACGAAGUGACGAACAAUAUGGGGAUUCAGGAAAAGAAACAGACUAUCCUGGGGGAGCAAGACGAGGUGUGGGUUCGUUGUCGGCACCAGCACAUUCAGGAAGUUAAUCAGUCAGUCCAGGAGGAAGUUAUGCUUUUUCUAAAGGAAAACAGCACGGUCAAGGUGCAGCAAAAUCAGGCUACUAGCACAGAAGACACACUAAAAGCGAUUCGCUCUCUGCCGCAAUACCAGGAAGCCCUGUCUCGUUAUUGGAUGCACGUAACGUUGAGUGAGAAUUGCUUUGAGAAGCUCCAGGAGCUGAAACUCAUGGCACUUGGGGCAGUUGAACAGGACCUCUGUUGCGCGGUUGACAAGGAUGGAAAAGAAAUUAGCGGAUCCAAGCUGCAGGCAGCAGUGGGGUCGUUGGCUUCGGACAACACCAUUAGACAGGAUGAGAAACUGCGUUUGCUGCUUUUGGAAUUCACCCAGCUACUGGGACUGGAUGCCGCGGACAGAACAAAGGCUGUGGAGGCGGCACAGCUAAGUCUCGUGAAUCAGAGGGUUAUUCAGAAGUUCAUGGAUCUUGAACUGCACACGGGUUCACUCUCCGGCGAGUAUCCCACAAAGGGGAAGCCCGUGCACAGGUUUGAAACAGAAAGGGAUAAAGUGAAAUUCUUCAAGCAAAGAGCCAAAAGAGCGAGAUACGACCUCUCGCGGCGGAUGGAGACCAAUCACGAAGCCACGCGACACAAGAGGGGAACGUCUGUCAUUGGCCGCUCAACUGAAUGGAAUUGGAGUUCUACCCUCGAAGUUUCGCAAAAGUCGCAAAGUCCUACCCAGGUAUUAGACAAGUCCAAACCCCGGUUGGUGGUUUUCGUUUUGGGAGGGAUCCUUCACUCGGAAAUGCGCUGCGCCUACGAAGUAUCGAAUGAAUUGAACUGCGAGAUCUUUAUCGGUAGCACGAACAUUCUGACUCCUAGCCAGCUGCUCAAGCAGUUAAAGGAGCAAAGCAAGCUGGAAUGA